AUGGGUAAAGAUAAGAAGAAAGACAGUAAAAAGGGAGAUAAGUCCGCGCUUGCGGCAGCCCACGACAUAUCCAUAGACCUAGCAAUGUCCAACCAGAAUGUCCCACCUCUGGCAGACCAAGGGGACGAGCACUCAGCUACUCGGGUAGCUUCCAAAGCAGAAAGCAAGGACCUACAUCCUCCUCCUGUUCCUGAACCCAUUGAGUAUGAAGAGCCCAUCCUCACCCAACUGAUCAUUGAGAGGUACGAGGGAGAAAAAGUCCGCGGGUUGUAUGAAGGGGAAGGAACUGCUUAUUUCCAAGGAGGCAACGUUUACAAGGGUGUGUUUUCAGAAGGGCUCAUGCAUGGACGAGGGACUUACACAUGGGCCGACGGAGUGCAGUACGAGGGAAACUUUGUCAAGAACGUGCAAAUGAAUCAUGGCACUUACAAGUGGCCGGACGGCAGCAUGUACGAAGGCGAAGUGAAGAACGGCAUCCGGCAUGGUUUCGGCAUGUACAAGUGUGGCACCUAUCCUGUUUCGUAUAUUGGCCAGUGGGUGGAAGGCAAGAGACACGGCAAGGGCACCAUUUACUACAACGAGUCUGGUUCUUCUUGGUACGAAGGAGAUUUCGUGAACAACAUCAAAAGCGGUUGGGGAGUAAGACGUUACAAAUCUGGAAAUAUCUACGAAGGGCAAUGGGAGAGAGACUUGCGGCAUGGAGAAGGACGAAUGAGGUGGCUUACAUCAAACCAGGAAUACACUGGAAUGUGGGUUAAUGGCAUACAGCACGGACUGGGUACCCAUACCUGGUACCUGAAGAGGAUCGCUGGCUCCCAGUAUCCCCUACGAAAUGAAUACGUUGGGAAUUUCGUCAACGGGGAUCGGCACGGACACGGGAAAUUCUUCUUUGCCAGCGGCGCCAUGUACGACGGGGGAUGGGUGCUGAACAAAAAACAUGGCGAGGGCAAGCUAGUUUUCAAGAACGGCCGUGUGUACGAAGGCGAAUUUAACUACGAUCACAUAGAGGAAUGCCCAUCUUUGCAAAUCGACAUGACCAAUAUAGAAGAACUGAGCAAUCUCUCCUUGAAGGGUUUUUCUGGCAUAGAUAGUGUCAAAGUUAUCGAUCAUUCAAGGACCUCCUCUUCGCCAGGACCAAACCUCGAAAUAGAUCUCUCGACCUUGUUGGCUUUAUUUCCGGAAAAGGACAAGGAAGAUGAAAUGAAACAGACGGAAUACGCUGUGCUGAGAUACAUCUCCGAGCUGAGGAGAAUCUACACCUUCUACAGCAGCCUGGGAUAUGACCACUCCCUGGACAACACCUUCCUGAUGACCAAGCUUCAAUUCUGGAGGUUCUUGAAGGACUGCAGGUUUCACUACUGCAACCAAACGCUCGCUGCCAUGGACCGGAUCCUGAACGAUAAAACUUUACUGGAAGAAAUUCAUUCUCCAUACGAGACUUUGCUACUUCGGAUGUUUUUGACUUACCUGAUUUACCUAUCCUUCCACAUUUAUCACAAGGAUUUUGAUGACACAAGUCCUCGCCUCUUCAAGUGUUUCUCCAAGCUGAUGGUCAAGAAUAUUUGCCCUAACGCCUGCCGUAUCAAAGGUAUUUUGUUCAGCGACCGACAGCAAGCCGUCUACGCGCUCAGUUACAUCGAUAAGUGCUGGGAGAUUUUCCAGGCCUUCUGUAGGCCAAGCACCCUGCCUCCUUACGAACCCACAAUGAAGAUGAGGCACUUCAUUUGGAUGCUGACAGAUUUAAAACUCAUCAGCAAACAACUAACAGCUACCAAGGUUGUGGAUAUUCUAGCCAAAGACAAUCCUUUCGUUUCAGAUGCAGAGACCGUUAAUUUGGAGCAUGAGCUUGUCUUCCUUGAGUUCUUUGAAGCUCUAGUAGAUUGCGCUCUUCUCUUUGUCACGGACGAGAUGUUGAAGCAGCAGGAGGAAGAGGUGGCCCGAGCAAUCACAGCGUCUUACCGACCAGAUGAGAUGUCAGACAGGAGCGAAACUACCUCUGUGCCUCCCGAUGGGUCUUCUCCUCAGUCCGUUCAUACCAGAAGCACCAGCAGCGAAGCAAGUACCGAAACCACUGAUGCCAGCAGCGCCCAACUCAGCUCCAAGUGUUCCUCCAGCAAGAUUGUGCAUUUUGUGGAAAUGGGCAAGGGCAAGAAAUCCGAGAAAGGGAAAAACAAGGAGGGGAAGAAAGAGGAGAAACCCCACAAAGGAAAGUCCCACCGUGGCAAAGAAAAGGCGGCUUCCGCUCAAAGUGAGUGCCAAACAUCCAGGCGGUAUAAAUCUACGAACUACGGCCGGCUCUCCGGAGAAAUAAAUGAGGGCAGAAAUAGGAGUUCGCCCUUCCCUGAGACGAUGUUCCUCGUAGAACAAUCGCACCAGGGAAGUUGUCCUUGCAAAGGCGUAACUGUGAGUGUUGUGUUUUCUCCCAUCCCGGAAGAGAAAGAAGCAGUCAUUGGGCCUCUGCCAGAAGAGGAUAAAAGGACUCCAAUGAAAGAAUUAGCAGAAAUGCUCGAAAAAGAGAAGAACGAGGAAAAAGAUAAACUCAAUCUCUGGAUGAGUCAGAUGUACAUUUUCUUUGUCAAAAAGUUCUUCACCAACUACAAGAACUUGCAGCUGGUGAACACAACCAUCAUCGAUAACAGAGCCCGAGAAGUCGAACUCUCGAUCCUGAGGAAAAAACAAGAGGAGGCGGAAGAGGCCAAGCUCAAAGCUAUGAAGGAGGCCGAGGAGGCCCGGAAAUUGGAAGAAGCAGCAGCUGAAAAAGCAGCCUUGGAACUGGAGGAGAGCCUCACGCGGGAAAUGGAGGAAAAUCUGAGCCAGGCGCAAUCCCCUCCCAAGGAGGAUUCGCCAACUAUGUUUCAGAGCUCGGCCGGCGUUAAGGCAGCCAUAGCAUGGAAGAAGAAGAAGAAGUGAGAAGAAGCCACCGCCAAAGCUAGUCCUCGUCCUACAGCCGCCAUUGAGGCCCAACGUUCCUGUCGCAAAGUGAGACAGAGCUUUGCCCCCAUUUUGUGCCCCUUUCUUGCCAGGUGCCCUUAAGUGAAUCGCUGUGGCCGUUCAGUUAGCGACGUGGUUCGGAAAACCAACCUGGCGUCCCCCGCAUUGACUUUCGCUUGUCCAAAGGUCGCAAAAAGAACCACACGGCUCCGGGACACGGCAACCAUCCUAAGUACAUGCCAGUUGCCAAGCCUCUCAAUUCUGAUCAUGUGACCGCCGAGGAGGUUGCGAUGCGGUUGUUAAACCUCAUAAGCCAUUUAGUCAUAAGUUCAUGUAGCGACUGUGAACUAAAGCAACUUAGGGUAGUUUUUCAAAAAAAAGCGACUCAUGGUAGCCAUUGCUACAGGGUCCCCGUACUCACAUGAUCAAAAUUCAUUGGCCACUGGUCCCUAUUGAUGACAGUUGUCAUAACCCAAGGUCACGCGAUCCCCUUUUGCGACCUCCCCACAAG